AGCUUUUCAAUAUAAUUACGAAAUGUAUGACGUGAUAUUUAAAUUAAUCUUCGAUGAAAUACUUAUAGGCAGUGAAAAUAAUGUCUGUCUUGUAUGUAGUGCGGUUUUAUAGGUACAAUUAGGAGUUUUGAAUCAAUAUAUCGAUACCUUUGGUCAAUAUUGAGAAUUGAAUGCUGUGGGCGGAAUAAAAACAGUUCGGAUUUAUGCGAUCGUAGACAUCUACAAUUCUCUCAAGAUAUGAUGGAACGACAUUCAAGAACACGAAAGUAAAACUACUUAUUUGCGAGUAACUUCAUUGUCUGAGGUUACAAAAAUGUCAACAGCAAGUAACUCCGGAGUUGAGAAAAGCACAAACAGGUUGAAUGUUGAAGUACAAAGAGUGUCCUCUUUUAAGACAGUAAAACGUCCAGUUAUUAAGAAGAGAAAUGAAGAUAAAGUUUUCAAACUAUUUUCCGGACCAAGUAAACCAAAAUAUAAUGGAUUGACAUUAGACGUUUUGCAAUCAUUGACGCCAUUUAAAAAUGGCGUCGAUUUAGUGGCGCAAGAAUCACGUGAUCUGUUGCUGAACUGCAUAAAACUACACCCAAGUGUUCACGAAGUAUUUUUUCCGGAAGUGAAGAAAGAUCUCCGAAUAACCGACGAAGAUUUACGAGGAUUUCCGAUUCACAGCCUAGCAGUUGCAGUCAUAUGCGAGGUCAUUUCAAAAGGAGAUGAUCCGUACAAGUUUUACUGUAUGAUCGAAAAGAAUAACUUGGAAAAUGUGCUGACUGAACUGUACACUAAUGUACAUUGGAAGAAAUUGGGGUUCUCCAUGUACUGCGCUCUGUACCCGUCCGUAGUGAGAGACGCACGGACGAACAUCAGUUUGCAAGACUUCAUUGACGAUGAUGGGCCGGAGUGGGCGGAGCGUAUUAUUGAGCGCAUGACGGAGCCCUCUUGGACGAUGGGAUGGGUGCAGAAAAUAGUCCGCGGUCAUGUGACAGAGGAGGAAUACAACAUGGCGAUGAACACACUGUUCGUGAAAUUACACAUGUUGGACCCGCAGUCUGUCAUUCCGACCUUUCAUCUGCUGAAUCACAUCCGAGCUCUCCCGGAAUGCAACCUAGAGCUGGCCACCCGGGACUACCUCGGAGGCCCACUGGACGCUGUGGCACUCAGCGCGCAUGCGCGGACGGCCGUAACAAAGGAGACCAUGCCUAGCAACGGCACGUCGCGCAUGAGCCUCGACAAAAUCGAAGUUUUUUACGGCAUUGACGUCGAUGAGUUUAUAAUGACGGAAGCGCGUAAGGUCGGCGUCUGGAAUGGGCGACGUCCCGACAAUAAAAGAACUAGUGACCUCCAGGAUAGAUGCAGCGUCAUGUAAUCUCGUGAUCACAUUUGGCGGUUUCCGGCUCUCGUCGAAAAAAUGCGCACGCAUCCAGAUGUCGCAUCCGGAAAAAGCUCGCAUACCCUAUGGAAUAAGCAUCAAUUGUUAGUCUGUGUCAACGAAAUGAACAAACGCAUGCGUUAGUUGUGACGAUGUUACAAAUACGUUUCGUUGAUUCGGACCUUCUAUCUCAUGAAGUCGAGGUCUGGACGGAUUUAUACAAUUACACAUGUGUUUAGAUUUUGUGGGAGAAAAUCUCAGUGUGCUUCCGUAUUGAAUGUAAUAUUGUUCAUUCGACUUAUUUUGUACCAAAAUCAUCAUGUAUGUCUUCUGUGAAUGUUUUAAUUGUUAAGCGUACAUUUUUGGUGCGAACAUGUGCGAAUAAUGCGGUAUCGAUGUAUAAGUUAUGCUAUUCACACAUUUUUUAAUGUAUGACAAGUAUUGAUAAAACAGUUCGUGUGUUAUACGUAACGAUUAAUUCUAACACGGCACGCGACUUGUUUUCUAUAGACAAAGAAGGAAAUCAAGUGUGGGUUAUUCUGCAAUAACUUACGGGCGGAGCUUAAUGUUUCGAAAAUAGUUCCGAAUAAAUAAAGGAAAUAGUGCAGUAAAAUGCACGUGCUAAAACCCGCCCUAAAAGAAAUGUAAUAAAUGUAGCAUGUAUAUAAAUGUAAUGAAACAACAAAUUGUAUAUUUGGUGAUAAGUGGCAUAACCACACCUACAAAGAAUGUUAUUGGUUAGGAAGCGUAAUUCAGAAAACAUUUAUAGCAUGUCAGCUUUUCAGUAGCAUCAAUAAACGUGACGUCAUUAAGUUUCUACGAUUGUUGUUUUCAAUGAAAGUGACGUCAUUUGCAAAAUAUUUAUGAAUGAAAACGACGUCAUAUGUUUGUACAAUUCAAUGACGUCACUAAAUAGUGAUCUUUGUACUAAGGAGGGCAGAGUAUUGAAAAAUAUAGUUCACGUCCUAAAGCUUGAACCAAAUCAAUCAGAAUCGUGUUAGAAUCGAAAUAAUAUUUUUCUAUGAUGGUUUGUUGUCGAAUAACCCACAGUAAGUUGUAUAGAUGCGUGCUAUCAAAUCACUCGUGCUUCGCACUCAUGAUUUGAUUCCUACGCAUCUACACUCCUUACUGUGGGUUAUUCGACAACAAACCAUGAUAGAAAAAUAUUAUUUCUUAAAUAUCAUACAUCGAUGGCGAGCGAUAUUUACACGUGUUCGCUUGUACGCUUGUUAAUUAUGGAAGAUCUAAUAAGUCACUGGCUUAUCAGGGACGACAUGUUCCGCCCAAACUGGAUUCUCGCUAAGAAGAGACUUUCUUUAAACGAAAAAUAUCAUAAAAGCGGAGACUGUCGUACCUGAUUAGCAUGUGAACAUGCAUUAAACCCAGUUUUCCAAAAACGCCGCUCUGAUUAUUCUUUUUAUCGCAUAAUGCUCAAAGUUGUGCCUUUGUUAUUAUUAUUAAUGAUUGCAAAAUAUGUUAAUAUUUGAAUAUAUAAUUUUAUAUGUUGUAUAUGUAAAUAUUUGUAUAUAUGUAACAUAAGAAUACAUAAUUUUGAAUAUUUAAUGAGUGAUACAAAAGUUGU